GACGCCGCGCUCCCGCCGCCACCAACACCGCCACCAGCAGCACCGCCACCGCCACGCGCGCUGGCGUGACUCCCGGCCCGCGCCCUCCCACGCCUGCUGCCGGCUCGGCUUCCUGCCCGCCCAGACGCCGCUUCUCCCAGGGUCCGGGCCUCGGCUCCGCGGAGGGAGCGGAAAUGAGUGCGGCGUCGGCGUCGGCGCCCGAGCGGGGUUGGAAGAGCGAGAAAGUGGACGAGGCUCAGGCCCUGGCGCGGAGUUGCGCUGCUCGCAGACCCGACUUCCAGCCGUGCGACGGGCUUUCCAUCUGUGCCACGCACAGCCACGGCAAAUGCUUCAAGCUGCACUGGUGCUGUCACCUAGGAUGGUGUCACUGCAAAUACGUGUACCAGCCCAUGACCCCCGUGGAGCAGCUUCCGAGCACUGCGAUUCCCGCGAAGCCUCGGGAACCCACAAACACCAUUCAGAUCUCAGUGUCACUCACUGAACACUUUUUGAAAUUUGCAUCUGUCUUCCAGCCACCCCUCCCCCCUGAUUCACCAAGGUACUGUAUGAUCUCAGACCUCUUUAUCGACAACUAUCAGGUUAAAUGCAUUAAUGGGAAGAUGUGUUAUGUGCAGAAGCAGCCAGCGCCGCAUUCCCACAAAAUGAGCCCCGAGGAGGUCUCUGCACAUGAUGCCUUAAUUUCAAGAGAGAGCAAUACACCAAAAAUAGAUCACUGCUCUUCUCCCUCAAGUUCUGAGGACUCCGGGAUCAAUGCAAUUGGGGCUCACUAUGUGGAAUCGUGUGAUGAGGACACGGAAGAAGGAGCAGAACUGAGUUCCGAGGAAGAUUACAGUCCUGAGAGCAGCUGGGAGCCGGAUGAGUGCACCCUUCUCUCCCCUUCACAGUCUGAUCUGGAAGUGAUUGAGACGAUAGAAACCACCGUGUGAGAGUCCAGGCAGGAAGCCACAGCCUCUGAUCCAUGCUGAGCCUUUGUACUUUUGUCUGAUGGAUCCUUUUUCCAAUGCAGUUGGUAUUUUCUACCCCUCUCUAACAACCAUAGCAGUUCAGUGGUCUGCUGAUUAGCAUCACUCUUAAAUUAGUCUUAUAACUAAGACAUCCUUUUUCUUAUAAAUGGUUUUCUUUUGUAUCUUGACUUAUUUUCUAUGUAGCAUCUGGUGUCAUGAAUUGUGACCCAGCCUUAAGUUCACUGGGAACUUUGAAAGCAAUGAAGUGAUGACCACAGAGUAUCGUGGAUCAGGUUGAGGAGCUACCCAGAGUGAAGGGGGCAGUGAAGGAGCUGGUUCUUCACACACACACACACACACACACGCACGCACUCACACACGCACACACAUACACAUCCCUCUUGGCAUUCCUUCUGAUGUGCCGACAGGCACCCCUACUCUGCUAGCUCAAAUGGGAAUCAGCUCAUGAGAGGGGAACAGAGGGUGUACUGGUAGAUGCCAUUCUGUCCCUUUUCCCUUCUCCUCACCACCUGCUGGGCCUAGGCCAUUGUUGCCUUGGCUUACUUCUGGAGGUACCUGGAGACCCUUGCUCAACCCCUAGUUAUGGCCGGAGCUGAUACCUUCAGUUUCACGUUUAAUCGGGCUUUAGCUGAGUGCCUACGCUCUGCAGGGUGCAUCGGGGGGAUGCAGACUGAAGAAGACCUGACUCCUGAUGGGAAGGGCCCCGCAGUCCGAUAGAGGACUGUGCCAAUGCAUGCAGAAUGUUCUGGGGACCCAGGGGAAGGAGAGAGCUUACAGCUGGAGAACAUGUUGCAGCAUUCAAGCUGGCCUCUUGGGUGGAUUCCUCAGUGUUUCCCUGUUUUUCUUAAUUGUUCUUCAAAUCCGGGGAAAACUUUUAGGAAGUUAUAUAGGUAUUAUAUUUAGGAGGCAGCCACAUCUGACGUCUUAAGAAAAAAAAAACAGUAAUAGUUUUAGUUAGCAUGGAAAUGCUAAAGAGCAGUCCUUUAGGGAUUAGGAAUGAAUCUAAUAGGUUUGAUUAAUUCUGCUUCAUUUGGUUGUAUGAAGCAUUAGAAUGAUUUAGGUGAGAAAUGGAUUAGAAUUCAGUAUGAUGCAUGGAUUUUUUAUGCAAAUGCAAAAGCAGUUGAAAUAGUUUGCUGCUAAGUCAGGAGAAAAUAUUUUGUGUGAUAUUCAUUCACUUUACUAUGGUAAUAGUCAUAGUCUGUUGUACAUGUUCUCUUUUCUCACACACACAAAAUAGUGAAUAAUUCUUAUUUAGCUCUCUUCAGAAUUCUAAUUUCCAUUUAUACAAGGUGUUUUUGUGUGAGUUGCUUAUCUGCCAUUUCUCCAGAUCUGCUUUCUGUAAGGCAUAGUUAAGAAUCCAGGAAGUUUAAAAUAUGGCCCUAAUGAAACCAGAACUAUCAGAGGUGGAGAGAGAGAAAUAUGUCUCGUAUCCUAACCAUGAGUGUGCUCUUGUGGCAUUAUCUCGUGCUCCGUCCACAUUUUGGCACGUCUCUUCUAUGUCCCAUGAGUUUGUAUUUUAAGAAACAAGAAGAGGCCCGUUGUGUUCUUCCCUGAAGCAUCCAUUUGGCAUCCUUCACAAAUCCCUCGAGGCAGAGUCUGUUUUCUUAGUAGUAUGUAUAGUUCACGUGAUUGGCUAGAACAUUUCGUCAGGCUUAGGUGCCCAGAACAUCCCUAGGGAUUAGAAAGCUGAGUACACAUAUUCCUUUGAAAACAGUGUUAGUUAAAACUUCCUAUGCUGGGUGAGAAUGCAGCAUACAGUUCGCACUUACUGAAAUGUAUAGACUCAACAAGUCACACCAGGCAGGGGGUGAGAGGAGCUGCAGGAACAGCAGCGUACAGGAAAGGACAGGUGGAGGGGUGGGGGGGGCGCAGAGAGCGGCUUCCCGGCCCAGGUGGCUUAGGGACAGACCUCGGAUGAGCCUGCCCAUGGUUCUCAGUGCCUCCUGUGAUGGGGUCACCAGCUGGAGGAGGGCAUAAAGGCCCAGUCCUGGGACCCAAGUGGUGCAGCCAGCCACUGUGUGCACCUGCCCUUGGGUGAGCUCACUGAAGCCCCUGGGUGGGCACAUGGAGGGUCUUCUUUCUCUAUACCCCUCCUAUCAGUUCUCAACUCUGGGCCCACAUUCCCAUUCAUUAAACUGAUUGGAGUCAACCACCAGGUCUCCAAAGCCAUGGAAAUACGUGGUCACAGGGCCACGUUUCUGAAGCUGGUUGUGUCAGGGUUGGGGCCUUUAUUGGUAAUAUCUACGACUUUUGCCUAGGUUCCUGUUUUUUAAACUCCUGAACUGCCAUUCAGAUUACCCAUGAUUUUAACGGAAUUUUUGGAUUUAAUAAUGGUUGAUAAUCACUUUAAAUAUUUGCACAAUCUCUUUAUAAUUAAAAACUCACUAAGCUUCACUUGCUACUGUUUUAUAGAAUUGGAGAUAUUCCAUUGGAUUCUAAAUAUCAGAUGCUCCUGGAUCUCAAAAUAGCCUUUUCUACACAAGCACAAGCAAGAAUUUCUUUGUCCUAGCACUGUUAAUAAUUCUCUGAAAUCAUAUAUAAUUGAACCAGAAUUGUUUCUUUAUGCUUGCAUUCCAAAAACAACUGAUAAGGAUAUAAAAAUGUGUAUUUACAACUUAAAUUCUAGGCCUAACCUGUUAUAUAUUAUAUAAAAGAAUUUCUCUGUAAACCUGAUAUUAUAUUGCUCAUUUGUAUAAGUAUAUUUAUAGGCACUUUAGAAAAUGUUUAGACUGUAAUGUGUAUUAUAGACCUCAAACACAGUCAUGUUAAGUAGUCUUUUGGUUAAUACUUAUCCAUUGACAGGUAUGAAAACUUUAUAGCGUGAACCUGGUAGUUUGCUCACUUGGAGCAAAGGGUUGGGCUGUGUGGAUGGAGAAACUGCUUUUGGGGUCCUUGAUGGAAACCUGGCUCCAUUCCCACUUCUGGCAAGUUGGUGUAAAAGCUAGUAGGCGGACGAUGCCAACUCAGUGCUGUAUGGAAUGUAGCUUUCUUACCGAACCAGCAUUGAUUUUAGGAUUUUCAUGGUUUGAAUAUGUUCAUAACUUUUCUGAGAAAUGACAAGCCAAUUAAAAUGCUUUUGUGGUCAUAAUUCUUUGGCACAUUAACAAAUAAGGCUUUACUGUCAAAUCUAGGUAUUUUUUUUUUACCUUGUAAUUUUUAAGAUUUGAAGUAAGAAUUUGAGAAAACCCUGGAGAAAAACCAGUUGCUUUCCUGGAAAAGGAAAAUGUGUACUUCAAGGUAAUACAAUAUAAAACCAAACCAAAUGAAAGCACCCAAACCAAAACAAAGCUGCGAAGUGGUUGUCCUGAGGUACCAUUCGGAUUUGAUCCAGGAUUGGAUCCUGUUUUAGGACUGGUUGUUUUAUUUUUUAACCUUAACCUCCACUUCCUGGCCUCUUUGAAACCGUUCUUUUGGGACUAAUCAUAACAAACGCCUUUUAUACAAAUUUGUCUAUCUGGGCAACAGGACACCACCUAUUUUAGAAAGCUGUCAAAAUACCCAGACGUGUUCAGCGGUUUAAAUACUUCUGGGCAAGGGGAAACAAGCACAAGUUAAACUAAUAUUUAUACAUCAGCUCUUGAUUUUUCCAUCUUGUUUGCCAAGUUGUAUUGACAUGUUUUGGCUUUUCACGUGAGGGGAAACAUUUUACAGUUUUCUCUCCUACUCCCCUCCCCACGGGAGGUGGGAGCCAGAAUUGAGGCCAGUUGCAUUCUAGGCUUUUCGGUGAACAGUGUGGGAUUGUGUCUCUUCCCGUUGAGGAGGAGAGGGGAAGGAAAUGGGAGUUGGACUAACCAUCUCAGUGCUGUGAAUUCUAGGGUUGUAUGUAUUUCUCACCUCCAAACAUAAGUAUAAGGGCACUUCUCAAAAUUAAUUUUGAAAUUCUUUACCUUUUAAAAAUGUUAUGUCUCUGCUCCCUUUCAUUAUUCUGGGGAAUGGAGAGUUGACUGUACUGCGUGUGGAAGGGCCGUGUUUCUCUGAGUGCUUAGAGUUCUGUUGGGACUGAAGUGGUGCUCUUUUACUAGUGUGAACAAGUCUGAAAGCACAUGGUCACCAGGGGCUUGAAUAUUGAGCUUCUGCAUCAUUGUGUCCAUAUACACUUUCUAAGGCUGUUCAUACCUUGCAGUAGUCACUUACUGUGCUACUUUUUGCACCUGUUCUAUGUUAAAGUUUUAAGCACAAUGUUGACCCCUCUGUAAUUUCCUAAAAUUAUAUUGUUUUCCUACAGACAGCUCAACUUUAUGUAUAAUACUUUAGGAAAAUACUUACUUGUAAAAUAAAUGUAAUUUUUUUCUUUUGUAA